CGGUGGUGCGUCGAGCAGCUCCAGCGUGCUGCCGGCAGUCGGGGCUUUUGUCAAAGGAGAGGAAGUUCGAGGACCUCUUGAGGCUGCUGGUGGAGCUCGAGCGCCUCCUCGCGGACCCGCGGGACCUGGCAGCGCUGGGCCGCACCUACGGGGACCUCAGGGAGUGGACGCGGCUCCACCAAUGCGACGCAGACCUGGCCCAGGUGCUCGACAUGCUGCACGGCCGGUUCCCGGCGUGGCGACGGCAGGCACUGGAGGAGGCGUACCGGCUCUUCUUCGACGACGUCGCGAGGGAGCGGGCGGUCACGCGCGACCUGCCAGAGCCCCCGACGUCCGAGGAGAGCGGCUUCCGGCGCCUGCCCGACGACCUCUUCUCAGGCGCCGAGGUGGCCGCCGGCAGGGCACAUUUCCAGGGCGUGUUCGAGGACAGAUCUCCCUGCAUGGUGUACGUCAAGAGGUACGAGUACCAGAUCCGGGCCGUCAGGUGCAGGGGCGCCCCGUGGCCCGGCCGCCAGAUCGUGGACAGGGCGCACGAGGAGAAGGUCCUGCCGUGCGCUGGCGACCUGGUGGGCAUCGCCCUGAGGCGCAUGGUGGAGCUUGUGGCGCCGAUCGACCAGUGCUGCGCCAGGCGGAGCGAGGCGCCCCGGGCGUGUGGGCCCUUCCUGCUGCCGAGCGACGGGCGGGCGCCCGUGCGGCUGCCGCCCGAGGCCGUGCCGCGGCCACCC